AUGGCACCCAAAGUUCUCGUCGUCCUCACCUCUUACGGUACAAUUGAAGGCACCGACCACAAGACUGGCUGGUAUCUGCCCGAGCUUGCCCACCCCUACGAUGUCCUCGAACCCAAGACCGAGCUCGUUAUCGUCUCGCCUAAGGGUGGCGAGGCACCACUAGACCAGAGCUCCGUCGAGGCUUUCAAAAGCGAUCCCUCCUCGCAAAACUUUUUGAAGAAGGACUCGCUCUGGAAGAACACUGCCAAGCUCUCCGACUACCUCGGCCGCUCCUCUGAAUUUGCCGCCCUCUUCUACCCAGGCGGCCAUGGUCCCAUGUUCGAUCUUGCUACUGAUAAGGAGAGCAUCCAAUUGAUCAAUGAGUUCGUCGCUGCCGGCAAGCCCGUUGCCGCUGUCUGCCACGGUCCCAUCGUAUUCACAAACGUUACGUUGCCCAACGGCAAGCACCUCCUCGCUGGCAAGGAGGUCACCGGUUUCUCCAACGUCGAGGAGGACCAGGCCCAGAUGACGAAGCUGAUGCCGGUCCUGCUCGAGGACAAGAUCAAGGAGGCUGGUGGCAUAUACACCAAGGCUGCUGAGCCUUGGGGUGAAAAGGUCGUCGUCCAGGACGGCGGCAAGUUCAUCACCGGACAGAACCCCGCCAGCGCGAAGGGCGUUGGUGAGGCCAUCGCCAAGGCAAUUGGCGUCUAA